UGAAAUAAAUAUUAUAUAAAACAAGAAAAAAAAGAAAAAGAGAAAAAUUAAAUAAUAAAAAAACAAGGAUAAGUGAAAAGGAAAAAUAUGAAACGAAAAUAACAGAAAUUCUUAAGGGAUACGCUAGUAAUACAAUACAUAUAUAUACAUAAAUAUAUAUGUUUGUAUGUAUUUUAUAAAAAGCAGAAACAACAAGAGGAAGAAUACGACAAAUUUUCCUUCAAGUUUUUUUUUUUGAUUCUUCCUUUUGAUUUUAAUAAAUAUUAGGAAAAUAUAAAAGACACUGAAAUUUAGUGGAAUGGAUUGGAGAUGGUGGGAGGAUGUACGUACAGCAUGGCCUCUAAAUACAAUACCACCACAACAUCCAAGUUUAUCACAUUUACCACAUCAUUUAUCAAUUGGAUCACAUGUGGUAACACAAUCUCAUCAACUUCCAGCAUCUCAUGCAGUUUCAUCAGCAGUUAGUUUAUCGACAAUUGGUGGUCCCGGUAGUGGUGGUAUACCAACAUCAAUUGUACAUCAACAACAGCGUACAUCACCGAAUCCACCUCCAUCUUCAAUGCAAAAACCAACUUCUUUAACAUCGUCUUCAAAUUCAUCAUCAUCUUUAAGUGUUUUGCAUUCACAGCAACAACAACAACAACAGCAGCAACAACAACAGCAACAACAAUCUUCAGCAUCACAAUCACAACAUCAUUCACAUCAACAACAACAUCAUCAUCAACAGCAAUCACAACAACAACAAUCGUCUUCUCAAUCCUCGCAUAAUUCAUCGAAUAGUAAUAAUUCAUUAAAUGCUGUUGCCGAUGAACAACGAAGACGUAUGGUUGAAUGGAAUGAACGUGAACAACGUGAAAGGCGUGAACGUGAACGUGAAAGAGAACGUGAACGUGAAAGGGAACGUGAACGUGAAAGAGAACGAGAACGUGAAAGAGAACGUGAACGUGAGAGAGGACGUGAAAAAGAACAUGAAUUAGAUAGACUGAGACAACAAGAUCAACAGAGGGCAGCUUAUUAUGGAUCUAGCAUUAUUGGACUUCGGCCACCACCACAAACCAAAACGGGCCAUGAAUAUGAUCCACAUCGUGUUAAUAACAGUAAUAGUGUAGCACAUCAAAAUUCGAAAUCAAUAAUAGUUGAUAAACCACCCCCUCCACAAUUAAAAAGUGAAAUUCCACCAGGAUUUUCACUUUAUUCAUAUCCAUAUGCACCACAUCAAGCAUAUGUAAAAGAAUUACAAAAGGGUGUAACAAAGCCAGAUCAAAUUUUAGUUAGUUUACCAACGCCACCGCCAUUAAUGUCAGAUAAUAAUAAACCAACACCUCCGCCUGCAGGUAGUGUGAUAGUUAAACAUGAUACUCACAAACAAUCCUCAAUACAAGUUGUUCAUCCAUCAACAAAAAUUCAAGCGAAUUCCUCAAUACCAGCCUCGGCGGUACCGUCUCACUAUAAAACAACAGUACAAGCAGGAGCAGGUCUUCUGCCUGGUAUAAUACCACCACAAUCACAACAUCAUGUAAUGUUUGAAUAUCGUUCCACGGCUCAGCCACCAAUAAAUUCAUCUAGUAGUGCAGAUCGUUAUAAAUCUAGUUCAAUAAUUGGAAGUGGACAACCAAAUAGCGGUAUAAAUGUCGGAAACAGUGGUGGAAACACUAAUAACAGUGGUGUGUCGGCACAAUAUAUACAACAAACAAUAGUACAACCACCGUCACAUUUACAUCAAACUUCAGUACAAUCUGCCAAACAAAUUCAUCCUUACAGCACUUCCCCUUCAACGCAGCAACAACAUAACAAUCCUUCACCGAACAAUAGUAGUAGUAAUAAACCGAAAGUAUCUUCACCAGCUCCGUCACAUAUUUAUGGACAGCCGAACAGCGGACCGACAACUGGUAGUAUAACUUCUGGUAUACCAGUGUGUAGGCCACAAGACACACCAGUUCAUCCAGUGGUUGCAAAAUCAAGUUCACCUUCAUCUCCAUUUCAAUCAAAUAUAUAUGGACCACCGGUUGGUCCGCCUAAUCAAGUACCCUCAGCACCAGCGGCAGCACCACCGCCAGCACAUUCAUCACGUUCAAUAUACGAUUCCCGUAUGUAUAUGCCGCCAACAGGAAGUGUUAAGCAACCGUUGUCUAUACAUCACGGAACUCCCCCUCCAAGUUCAGUGACGGCUAAUGCACCAAUUCCAAUAUCAAGAGCAUCGCAUGGCAAUCUUAUAAAAAUGAAUCCACCUCCUCAUCAAAAUUUGAUAAAUCCUCCUGGUCACUUGCAACAACCAGUUGGCAGUUACCAAACUCAACCUUUGGAUUUAGGAUUGUCGGACCGUAAUAGAUCAGAUGAUAGUCAAAGUCCAAAAAGGAAGUCUUCAACGCCAAUUCACCAUCCAUCAGGCAGUCCGGUCCCAAUAGAUGUUAAGAAAAAGAGAACUGAACCACCACCGCCACCACCACAGUCAAUGCCUGUUUCGCAUAUGCCGCAACACUAUCCUUCUUUACAACAUCAACAUCGUCAAACAAUUAGCCCAUUAGCCUUAAAUAUUUCUUCUAUACCGAGUGGUACUCCACCACCUCAUAUUGGUUUGAAUCACACACAACCACAGCAUUCACAUCUUCAACAGACACCGUCAAUUCCAUUGCCAACGCAAAGAGCAACUUCUUCACCUUUAACUGGUGGUGCUGUGACAACAAUUCCAAUCAUUGCCAAUAGUUCACCAUCACCAAAUAAUUUAAGAAUACCAAGGCCUGAUGAUGCAAUUAUAAUUGGCAAUAGCAAUAUAAAUAAUAACAAUAACCUAAUAAAUAGCAGUAGUGUUAGUAAUAAUAUUCAUAGUAAUAAUCAUAAUACUAGUUAUAACAAUCCAAUUGCUUUAACUGCUGUAAGUACAACUGCAACAGUUAUUCCUUCUUCAACAACAAUAAUUACUAGUAACAGUAGUUACAAUAAUAAUAAUAGAUCAUCCCCAAUUGUAAAUAAUAUAAUAAACUCAAGUCAACAGCGGCUGCCGCCACAAUCGCUAAUUGUUAAUCAACAGCAAAAUUCACAACAAAUUUCAAUGAUAUCACAGCAGCCACAGAUUUCUCAGCAUCAGCAUCAACAUCAACAUCAACAUCAUCAGCAUCCACAUCAGAUGCAAAGGCAAGAACAACAGCAACCGCAACAGCCUCAAUUACAGCAACCACAAUCACAACAGUCACCAUUGCAACAUCAACAGCUUCAACAGCAUCAUCAUCAACAACAACAACCCCAAUCGCAACAACAACAUCAACAUCAGCAACAUCAACAGCAACCACAAAUGCAACCUCAACAACAACAACAGUUUCCACAAUCUCAGCAAAUAUCUAAUUUAGUACCAAUCCGAACCAGUUCAGGUGAUGGUCAAGUGCGACCAUCUAGUACAAAUUCUAAUUCAACAAAUAUAAGCCCAUCGGCUAGCCCAGCUCUUAGUGUUCAAAGUGCCCCUGGUACACCGGCGAAACCGUCAUCAGCAUCAACAACGACAACGAAUAGUAAUAGUAAUAAUGUUAAUAAUAGUAGCUCCAACAAUAAUAAUAAUAGUAAUAAUAAUAUAAAUAAUAAUAACAACAAUAAUAGUAAUAAUAAUAAUAACAACAAUAAUAAUAAUAGCACUAAUAUUAAUACCAAUAAUAUUAACAAUAAUAAUAGUACUAAUAUCAAUACCAACAAUAUUAUUAAUAAUAAUAACAAUACCAAUAGUAAUAUUAUAAAUAAUGAUAACAACAACAAUAGCAAUAGCAAUGGUAACAAUAACAAUAACAACAAUAACAAUAAUAGUUCAACACUAUCUACAAGUGCAUCCACUAACGCCACUUCAACAAAUAUUAGCGGUGGAGUUACUUCUGAAUCCGAAAAAUCUAAUUUGAGUCCUGCUGUGAAAAAGAAUAACACAAUUGGAUCUAGCGCGCCCCCAAGAAAUUUGAAAAAAGCUUGGCUACAAAGACACACUGGUGAAGAUUAUGAAGAUACCACAGGCGUAAUUGGUAGUGGGACAUGUGUAAAGCUACCGCUGACUAUAAGUCCGCCACCAACCAAUAACAGUACUACAGUGGAGAACAAAUCAAAUAAUAAUUCUAAUAACAAUAACAAUAAUAAUUCUGCUCUCAAUCAACAGCAAAAGGAGGGAACAAAACAAACGUUAAAUUCGACAACACAACAAAAUUCAAAUAUCACAAAUAAUAAUAGUAUUAUUAGUAAAAAUGGUAAGAAUGCAACAAAACAACAUCCGAAAAAGAACGCAUCAUCACGUGAUAAUAAUGGAAUAACUAAUUCUGAUUCAGAUCGCAAAGAUGAGUCGUCUAGUAGUGAUCAAGAACAAACACUGAAACAUCCUCCAAAAAGAAAGCCCAUAAAGGGCAAGAAAAGAAAAGGUAGUGGAAGAAAACCAUUGGAAGACAAAAAAAAAAAGAAUAUUCCAGCCGUAAGUGAGAGUGACAAAGAAAGCGAUAGCGACAAAGAAACUAUUUCAGACAAAGAUAGUGACAGUGGUACUAGUGGAACAUCAACUUCAACCGCCGGACUUAAAAAAUUAAAUGCGUCUACAAAUUCAAAUAAUUCAAAUGGUAGUGCCAAUAUUUCAGCCCCUAAAGAAAUUAAAGAACCUAGAAAAAGGGGUAGACGGCCAAAAGUUAAAGAAGAGCCAAUUAAAAAGAAACAGCGUGCGGAAGCUGAUGAAGAUAAAACAAAAGAUCCAUUUCGUAAGCCACCCGUGUCUCAACUAAAAAAAACUGGUGAGUCCUUUCUCCAAGAUGGACCUUGUUUUGAAGUAGCUCCUAAACUAGCAAAAUGUCGCGAGUGUCGCUGGACACCUAAUCAAAGAUCUAAGAGCAUUUCAAAUAUUUUUUGUCGUUUCUACGCUUUCCGAAGAUUAAGAUAUACUAAAAACGGAGUAUUAACGCUUGCUGGAUUUUCCGAUCCUUUUAAAGAUCCUAGUGAAGAAGAUAUUAAAUUAUGGAUGCCAGAUCAUCAAAACCCACCUUCAGAUUUAGACUUACAUAUGUCAAGAUUUUUGUUGUCUUUAGUUGGGGAUCAGUUUUGUGAUUUGUUGCAACAAGAAAGAGAGGCUAUGGCUGAGCAUAUGUCUGAAGAUAAAACAAUUGCCUGGAAACGAGUAGUACAAGGAGUCAGGGAAAUGUGUGACGUUUGCGAGACUACACUUUUUAAUUAUCAUUGGGCUUGUGGAAAAUGCGGUUUUGUUGUUUGUUUAGAUUGCUAUAAGGAUCGUAAAAGAAAGUCAACCAAAAUAUGGGGCGAAAAAGGUGGUAAAGAUCGCGAUGAAUAUUCAUGGUUACUGUGCACAAAUCGUGCCAUACAUGAGCAAGAUCGUCUAAUUUUGACACAAAUAAUUGCUGGGGACUCCUUAAAAAUAUUAGGACAACGUGUUCACGAAGCGCGUGCCCUAUGGCAAAUCACACAACAUUGUGGAUGUCCAUUAAGUAAGGAAUCUCCAUCAAAAGUACCAAAUGGUAUAGUUUUUAAGGAUUUGGUACGUACACUACUUAAAAGUGAACAAAAUGGUAUCAAGCAAGAACUUAAAUUGGAACUUGAAGAUAUGGUAAAUGGAACAACAUCAUCAGCACUAGCUGCAUCUAGUACAAAAAAUGCGUCAAAUACGUCGAGUACUCCAGUGAAAUCGGGUAAAGACGAGAAAGAAGAUAGUAAAUCAGCGUUGUCUUGGUUGGCUGAAGUAGCACUAGGAGAAGGUAAAAAGAAUGGAAAAAAAGGGUCUGCCGCCAAUGCUGGUAACGUGAAAACAGUUGUUAAAGAAGAAAACUCUGAUUCAGACGAUAGUUCUGAAGAUGGACCAUCAACACUUAGAGAAUUAUUAAAAUGUCCAGCAAAUGUGAGCAAAGUUGGGGGUGAAACUGGCAGUCGUCCUUCAAGUCCCACUAAUGAUAAUACAACAAAAAUAAAAACAGAAAAUACUGAUGAGAUUGAUAACCAAGGAACUUCUCACUUAAAUGUUAGUCCCACAUCUAGUGGAUCCAAAAACUCAUCACCAACUUCAGUUGUUGCACAAACCACUAGUUUAAAAAAACAACGAAUUUUUCUACCAAUUCGCAUUAUGACAUUGACUGAAUCAAAAAAGUUGUAUCCCAGCGUACCACAUUCUUGGUUGUGUGAUGGUAGAUUGUUAAGAUUGUUAGAUCCAUCAAAUCGUGGUAAUUUCGAAAUAUUCCAAGAACAAUGGAAACGUGGUCAACCAGUUUUAGUAUCCGAUGUUGCUAAAAAUUUAAAUAUGGAUUUGUGGAGACCAGAAUCGUUUUCUCGUGAUUUUGGUGAACAAAAGAACGAUCUCAUUAAUUGUAUGACUGGCAAUUUAGUUCCUGGACAACCAAUGAAAAAAUUCUGGGAUGGUUUCGAGUACGUUAAUAAACGUUUAAGAGAUGAUAAAGGUAUGCCAAUGCUUUUAAAACUUAAAGAUUGGCCACCAGGAGAAGAUUUUGCAGAAAUUUUACCAACUAGGUUUAAUGAUCUCAUGAAAGCCUUACCGCUAGGCGAUUAUACACAUCGAAAUGGACGUUUGAAUUUAGCUAGUCGUUUGCCAGAUUGCUUUGUUCGUCCAGAUCUUGGUCCGAAAAUGUAUAAUGCAUAUGGUUCAGCACUAUAUCCAUCAAAAGGUACUACAAACUUACAUUUGGAUAUAUCAGAUGCUGUUAACGUUAUGGUAUAUGUUGGUAUACCAAAAGAUGGACAAGAUGAUGAACAUAUUAAGGAAGCAUUCAGGGCUAUUGACGAGGCUGGUUGUGACAUACUGACCAGGCGCAGAGUAAGAGAAAAGCAUGAAUUACCUGGUGCCUUAUGGCACAUAUAUGCCGCACGUGAUGCUGAUAAAAUACGUGAUUUGUUGAAUAAAGUUGCAAUUGAGAAAGGGUAUCGUGUAGAGGAUCAUCAUGAUCCAAUUCAUGAUCAAACAUGGUACUUGGAUGGAACAUUACGUGAACGAUUAUAUAAAGAAUACGGUGUGGAAGGCUAUCCAAUCGCCCAAUGUUUAGGUGAUGCUGUUUUUGUACCAGCUGGGGCACCACAUCAAGUCCGCAAUUUACAUAAUUGCAUUAAAGUUGCUGAAGAUUUUGUAUCACCAGAAAAUGUCUCACAUUGUUUCCAUUUAACACAAGAAUUUCGCGAAUUAUCUGAUUCACAUUCCAACCAUGAAGAUAAAUUACAAAUCAAAAAUAUUAUUUAUCACGCCGUUAAAGAUUCUUUAGCGUGUUUGUCCUAUUUAUUAGGACAAAAAUUAUCUGAACGUACAGACAUGGGUGAUUAUAAAAGUUUUAUUGGCAAUGAUGAUGAUUUAAUAAAAAAAGAAAUUAAACAAGAAGUUAAAACAGAGAAAGAUAACGUGUGAUCAAAUUUAAUUAAAAUGGACAAAAAACAUAAGAAAGAUCAAAAAUAAUUUUUUUUUUGCAUACUCUAAGAACAUGUUCGUUAAAAUGUUUAUGAGGAUAUACAUAUUUUGUAAAAUAGUAUGACAAUUUCGUUUAUAAAAAGGUCAUUCGUAAAUAAUAUUUUUUAAGAUUCGAAAUUAAGCUACUUUAUAUUGAAAAAGUUAAAUUUAUUAUAUACUAAUUUCAAUGUUUUAUUUAUUUUUUCAUAUUGGUUAUAUUUUAGAAACCAUAUUUAUAAAUAAAUUUUGGAAAAAAAUAAUUUUAACUGUACCGUACAUAAAUACGUACAUAAAUGUGUAAUAUAAUAAAUAUUUUUUAAUUUAUUUUUAUUAUUGAACUUAGUUCAAAGAAAUUGUGUAUAAUUUAAAGAAGAAAAGAAAGAAAAAAUGCACGAAAAAAAUUUUUGUAGCUUAAUUUCAAGUGCUGUUUCUUUAUAAUAGAUUUGUAAAUUAUAAUUUAUUUAACAAUAAAGAAAAAAGUAUUUUACAUUAUUAUUUUUAAACAACAGUCAAAAUAAAUUUAAUUUCAAUAAAAAAAAGUUAAGUUCCGACUCAGUUAUAAUUUUUUUUUUGUAAUAAAUUUAAAAAAAAAAACAAAGAGGGUCAAAUUGUAUAAUUGUAGGGUUGGUAUAGGUUAAAAAUAUUUGCCACGAGUAAAGUAAAUUCGCUAUUUGUUAAGAAGAUUUCUAACACACGGUUUUUACACGGUGUUUUUUUUUUGUUUGUUUUAGUAUUUCGAUAUUAAAUAAUUUAAAACGUAAGUUGCAACAAAAAAAACUGUUUACAGCUCAACAAAAAGUGACAAUACAAAUUUUCAAUAAUCAAUUUUUUUUAAAUAAAAAUACAAAAUUAUAUUACAAUUUAUAAUUUCUUACAUACUUGUCCAUACAUAUGUUUAUACAUACAUAAAUAUUUAAACAUAUAUAUUGCAUAAUACAUUAUUUUCUAAUGACCUUCAAAAGCGACUAACUUAAUAUAAAUUAUGAGUAAAAUAAAUAUGAAUUUUUUUAGAAAUUCCUUUUAAAUUUAAUAAUAUUAUAAAAUAUUUUUUAUUUAAAUAUCAUAUGCGUAACUAUUAUGAUUGUUAGAGUCCUAAUAGAUUUAUUAUUUAUUAGUUCAAGCUAAAAUGUAAAUUAAAAGUUUUGGAUUUGAUUAAGUUUAUUUUACUAUAAUAUUAUUAAUUAUUAUAAAUUAACAAUAUUGCUGAAAUGUAAACAAAAUAGGUAGGCUGUAUUUCUACGAAAACAGAAUAAAAAAGAUAAUUAUAAUAAAAAGAAAAAAUGCAAAUAAGUAAAAAAGUAAAUAAACUUUUAAAUUAAGAAUGUGUAUCAAAAUAUGAUGAAAAAUAUUAUGUAAAAAAAAAUAUAAAAUUAAUAAAACCUAUCUGUCAUGUGAUUUUAGAACGAAACUAAAAAAGUAAAAUAAAAAAAAUGAUAGAUUAAAUUAAAUUCUUAAACAAAAACUAUAUAAAAAAAACAAUUUUUUAUUAAUAUUAUUUUUUUUUUUUUUGUAACGUUAAAAAUAAAAAUAAAUCUAUCUAAUUAAUUAUUUAAAAGGAAGAAAAGUUGUGAAUAAUAAAAUGCAACACUAAAACAUUUUUUUGUGUAAUUAUCUUCAAAAGUAUAUACAUACAAACAAAUGCAUAUACAUACAUAUAGAUAUAUUAUAUUUAGCCACAAAACAUAAUUUUUUAAUCAGAAAUUUAAACUAUAAUAUAUUAUAUAUUUUUUAAUAUAAGCACACACAUUAAAAUUUAUGACAUGUUUUUUAAUUUUUUAAUUUUAAAUCUAUUUUUUUUAAUCAAUUUCAAAUACAUGGAGACAAAAUGUAACAUAUUUAAAUAAAAUAAUAUAGAAAAAAAAUAAAAGUAAAUAAAAACAAAAAAAAAAAAAUAUAAAAAAACUUUUUAUCAUAUUAAAAAUUAUAUAAAAUAUAAGGUAAAAAAUUAAUUUUUAAGGCUUAAAAAUAUAUACAUAUAUAUUAUAUA